AAAGAGCCGAAGACAACGAUCGUGCAUGUCGCGAAAAAAUGCCCACGUGGGCGGACUGCGCCUUGAGCUAGCAAAAAAUGUCGCGAAAAUUCUAGAAGACGCGGAAGUCGGAUAUCAUGUAACGGAGUCGAGAGACUCGCUAAGGAGUGAUUAACAGAAAUAAUAAUUAAGGAAAAAAAUCUUAUCUUGCAAGAGAUGCUUUCUACAUGUCAUAGCCGAUGUUCUGAGAGUUGACACGGAGGUGGACCGAGGUAUCGCGGAGUUAUUUCGAUCGUCGAAGAUUAAGACGUGAGAAAAUGUCGAGAGGAGCUCCCCGUUUCGGCGGAUCGGAUGCGGCCUCGGGUGCGAAGACGUUUCGCGAUUUCCUCGGCUAUUAAUAGUCCAGGAACGCAGGCCGAAGGUGCUAUCUCCUCGCGGACUUUCGGUUUGGUUCUUUUCCGGCCGUGGCGGGAAUCCAACGCCUUCUUCCACGGGGGUAUUUUUAUCGAAAUACCCUGCCCCGAAGAUGAGCCGUUCCUCGGCGAAUUUUUCACGCCAGGGCUCUCGGCUAAUCCCGCGGAAUCCGCAGGUUGCCAGCCUCGAGAGGAGCGCUCGUUGCCGCUUACGUAAUUGAUUCAGCGCGAAAUGACUGUCUCGUCGUUGUAUUACGUGUGUGUUAUUCGUGGCAGUGACAUUGGUCCGUCGUCGUUACCUAUUUGUACAUCGGCGCUCGGCUGCGGACGCACAUGCACGGAGUUUUCGAUGUGCAAGUGCGCCGCAUUCACGCGCACGCAACACACUCGCGCGUUUAUAAGCUAUGCUUUUAUUUGGCUUCCUUUUAUUAUCCCCGCGCGUAGGCGGAGCUGCGUUACUAAUGGAAUUAAGAGACGGUCUCUGAGAACAGAAAGGCUGUCGUGUAAGGGGUUCUCUGAAAACGAGUAUAUAUAUCCCGUAUGACUGCAAUCUUUAUCGAAUCUAAUUCAAUAUAAACGUGGUAAGGGCGCUUGAGAUUGGCUACGUUGAAGGAAACGGUUGUAAGAAGAGAAUGUCACGAAGAAAAAUUGUAAUGUAUGUAUAAGGUGCGAAGCGUCGGGGAAAUCGUAAUUUCAAAAUGACGCCGGUUCGCGCGCGAAUCGUGCGUCACCGCCAUCUGUACGCGGAUGGUCGAAACCGGUAGCCGGGGAACUGUCAUGGCCGCCUCCUGUCAAUAACAAUGAAGCCUCGGGGAAAGGAUAAUUAUGGUAAUAAUAAAAGUGCGAGCAAUGUUGGUGGUAAACAGGAUGGAGGGAAGAAACCUUUUGAUAAGAAGACUUACAGGUUGAAGAAAUACAGCAACAAGUUCAAAGUUAAUCAAUGGGAGGAGCGGAGGAAAAAGGCUGUUUUACGUAAUUACUAUAAGGAACUUCAAAGAGAAUGUCCAGAUGCUCAGAAGAAGCCUUCGCUCGGUCUUGAAGGUGAUUCCGAGGCGAAAGGGCAAAGUCAGUCGAAGAAGAAACCCAGCGCGUUUUUCGCUGCGAAGCAAGAAUAUUUAAAGAAGCAGGAGGAAAAGAAGAGGAGGAAAGAAGAGAUACUCCGGGCCAAAGAGGAGAAGGAAGAGGCAUUGAAAAAAUACAGGGAGAAGAAACUUCAGACCUAUAGGAAGCUGUCCAAGAAGACGAAAAAAGGCCAGCCAGUCAUGAAGGACAGGUUGGAAAUGCUGCUUGAAAAAAUCCAGCAGACUGUCAGUUGACAGACAACUUUCACUCGUCGAGCAGAUGCUUAAUACCUGACAUUUAGAGCAAUUUACGUGGCCAGUUUGUGAAUGGAAAAUAAAAGGUUUUCCACAUUAUCCUAAGUUCCUUCUAGUCUAUACCCGAAAUAGACAUCAAUCUAAGAAUCUGCACGCACGGUUUAACAUCACCAGAUCCCACUAUACUUAUUAAAUUUUUACCCAAAAUGCUUACAGUUUCACCUGUUUAAGACUUAACACAUUAUUGUCAAAUAAAAUUGUUCUUUCAU